AUGUCCGAGCUCUGGUCGUCGAAGUUCUUGCCCAUCGUUCUCCAUCAAUUGGCUCAUAACAAAGCCAUCAUAUGGAAGCUGACUCUUAUUUUCAUCAGUUGCUUGUGUCUCGUGCGGAAUGGCAGGAUAUGUGCCGCUAAUAUACCAAAGUUCAGUGCUGUUGAAGGCGUCUCCCACGAUCGGCAGAUUCAACGGGUAGUGCAGGCUUUCGAAGAUGUAGUGCUGUUGGCAAGAGUGGCUACGGCAACGUUUGGCCCGUGCGAGGAAAUCUUCCUUCGCUACUUUUCAGCCCCUGGAAGCGACAUUCGUCAAACAGGUCUUCCAGAUAAUUGCAAACAUGCCCCUCAACCGGGAGCUGGACGGCCAGAAUCCAAAAUUCGAUCAGUUGGAAAUUGCAUUCGGGAGCCAUCCCGCCCUUCCAGAAAACAAGCAAGUGUCCCAAAAGGUGAAGGGGGAACCACCGCCGCGUUUGCCUUCAUAGAUCCUCGCGUCCUUGGUGAUAUUGCACUCGUGUCCAUGUGCGACGAAGCUUUUGAGUAUCCGUCACCCGAGGAAACAGCGAAUCCUCCAAGUUCAGUCAAAGCCCCAGAAAGCAACCCUGAGCCAGGCUACACUUGCGACGGCCUCGGUGAUGACGACAGUGAUUGGAUGACCUCUCCAGGUGGCAUUCUUUUGCACGAGCUCCUGCAUUGGACCUUUCUCUUGGACGAUAUUACCGGGUUUUCGGAUAUAAUUGAUGAGAACGACGACGAGUUCCCACAAAUAGUUGACCUUUGGGGACCCGACCCACCCGAUGGAUAUGGACCAUUUCAUGUGAUGCAGCUCAGAACUCAGGGCGCGUACAUUGCCAUACAGAAUGCCGACACGUAUCGCUGCUAUGCUCAGUCCAAAUACUGGACUUGGAAGUGUGGAAAGUCGUUUGGACGGGCGCAGAGUGACGAAGAUAAUACUAGAGGAGCUGGUAUCCGGAUCAUUCAAGAUGAUCCCGAGACAGAAGAGUGA